UUCCUAAAAGAAGCCAUGUGAUUAAUCUCGGAUAUUUCAGUGUUUCCUGUAUUCAUGUGACCUGUGGUUUUGAUUACUCACUAGUAGCAAAUCAAAAUUUCCAAUAAGGAAAUGCUGAGAUAAUGGAAUUUGACUGUACUAAAUAUUCAAUGGUUCAGCUUGCCCUCAAGUUAAUUUUCAGAAUUACACUUUGUUUGUACUGGAAGACAUUCUCUCUUUCAUCCAGAGCUACAAGCCUCUGGCUCAAGUUAGAGUAGCCACAGCAUCCCUUUUAUAGGAUCAGUAACACAGGCAGUCCAAUGGGUAACAAUUGUUUUAAGUUUACAAGGAUAUGGAUCAGGAGUGACUUUCUGUGUGUAAGAAAAUUGAUCUGUAUACUUGCAUUUAUUAAUCUUGCACCUUUCCUUAUGGUGUGCCAUUGUAAGAAUAUUUUGGAGGACUGCGCUUGGUUUUCACAUUUUAGAUAUCUUUUAAUACAGACCGUUACCAACUGGCAUAUUGGAUCCAAUUCUGGACACCACAUUUCAGGAAUGAGGUGGACAAAUUGGAGAAAGUCCGGAAAAGAGCAACAAAAUGAUUAAAGACAUUAGCCUAUCUUGUGCUAGCAUAGUUGUAACUUGUGGUAAAAACAGAAAUCUUACAAAUGUUAGAAAGUCCAAAAUCCAGCAAGUCCUCUGUACUAAGUGCCAAAGAAUCAGCAAAGAAACUUAAAAGUAAAGGAGAAAUGAAAGCUAAAGGAUCAGCCAAAGGCAAGCGAAAACAGCUUGGUAAAAAAGAUGAGGAAGUUGACAUAUCUAUGGCUAGCAUAGGCCAUCCAGAGAUCUUUCCAUUAGUUUUCACUGAAAAGACACAGGAAAUUUUUAAUUGUCGAAUUAAUGAAGAUGUCUCAGAAGAAAAACCUUACAAACUUCUAAAAAAAGAGGAUAUAAUUCAGGACAUGAAGACAAGAGCUGCAGUCUCUGAUUUCCACCCAGUUAAAAAAAUAGUCCUAGAAUAUCCAGGGGAAGAACUUCUAAUAGUUUUAGAUAUAGAGUUCAAAUAUGGACAGAGCUUUUAUCUUGUUGCAAGUGAAGAGGCCAAGGAAAGCUUUUUAAAUCCUCCAGAAGCAGUGGAAGAAGAAGGAGAGACUAAAGAUGGAAUGGUAGAGGAAUACGUUUAUAAGCCUCCUGUCCGCAAACCUUGGGUAUCCCUUGGUAGUGAAAAGGAAAUUGAAGAAGAAUCAGUUAAGGAAUCUCUUAGAGAGAUUAAAUAUAUGAUUUCUCGAACACGCAGAGAGUUUGGUUCAAAGGUCAGAUUUACUGACAGAAAUGCUUCAAGUGUGAAAGAUGGCUACAUUGAAUGCACAUCAUAUCAGGAUAAUAAUUUCAGCAUUAUGAAGCUUGAAAAAGAUGUUGGUGCACAAGUAGUUCCAAAAGUAAGGGAAAUGAGCACUCAAACCAAGUGGACUUAUCCAAGAAAUGCAGCCACACAGUAUUUUCCUAGAGAGUUCUCUGAUGAAGAAAAAGAGCUGUGUUUGUCAUCUGAGGAUCUGAAAGAAUUUAUUAUCUCAGUAUUUUUAAGAGUGGAAAUAGCAUUGCAGCAGAAUGAAAUUAUCAACGUCUUUUUUGAUGACUGGAAAGCAUUAGCGGAAGAUGAAAGUGCCUUUGGUGGCAAGUCAGAUGCUUACCUGAAGGAAUACCAAUCGUUUACAGACCUGCACUAUCUAAAGGAUAGAACAGUUAGCUGUGUUUGCUGGCACCCAGCCAUUAACGGGAUUAUAGCAGUGUCAGUAACAGAGCGGCUUUCUUAUGAAGAAAGAGUUACCCAGUCUGGUAAACUGCUGUUGCAGAAGUCACCAAUUCUUUUUUGGAGUUUCUCUGACCCUAUUCACCCUCAGUUAAUGCUGGAGUGUCCUGAAGAUAUCUACUGCUUUGAGUUCUGUCCAUCUGAUCCCAAUAUUAUUGCUGGAGGCUGUAUUAAUGGACAGGUUGUAUUGUGGGACAUUUCUGAGUAUGAAGAGAAGCUGCAGAAUGCUAAAACUGGUGCUAGCGGACGCAAGAAUACUGCUGUUAAUAUGCCAACGUUUAUACAAGCACAACAGAGUGGUAAGGAACCACAUUUUGUGAGAUACUGUGCAGUCUCUUCCAUUGAAUAUGGCCAUAAAACAGUAAUAACAGAUAUACACUGGCUGCCAGACUAUUUUGAGGUUAACAGAAUGGGCAUUACUUUUGAAAACAGAGUUGGAGUUUGCGUACAGCUUAUCACCUGCUCUCCUGAUUGCUCCAUAUUCUUUUGGGAUCUUCGAGCCCCCAAAACAGCCAUCCAGAAUUCAGCUGAGAAACCAAAAGAGGAGAAGGUUAUUGAGGCUCCCCCUGAUGUACCAACUACAUUUAAACAUCUAGAUCUCUCCUGGAGACCUCUCAUUAAGGUAAACCUAUCCAAGAGCGCCACAAGUGGAGACUAUAGUCCUACCAAAAUUAGCCUUGAGGAUGAGCAUUUCCAUUACAAAAUACCAGAUAAGAUGCAAUUCCAAAUCAAACCAGAACGGUUGGGAGACGAAAAUCCUUAUAAGCAAUUCAAGAUCCCUUCAACCAAACCUCUUAAAAUACUGGAGAAUAUCCCCACCAACUUUUUUGUUGGAACUGAAGAUGGUGAAGUUAUUUAUUCUGACUGGAAGAUGGAAAGAGAGAGUGACUCAGGAAGACUGAUUAGUCAAAAACCAAUUAACAAACACACCAUCCAUGAUGGAAUUGUCCAUAGUAUACAAAGAUCUCCAUUUUUCAAAGACAUCAUUCUUAGUGUUGGAGGCUGGAAUUUUGCCAUAUGGAAAGAAGGUGUUUCAAGUGGCCCAAUCCUACAAUCAUGCUGCUCAUCAAAAAGAUACACUGUAGGACAUUGGUCCUUAUCGAGGGCAGGAGUUUUCUUCAUUGGUAGAGAAGAUGGAAAUAUUGAUAUUUGGGACCUACUGGAAAAAACGCAUGAGCCAUCCCAGACCCAGAACAUCUCCAUAUCAAUGAUCACCUGCAUCAAACCAUGGAUCAUUUCUUCAAAGCAGCACUUUUUAGCUGUAUCUGAUGACUUUGGAACACUGCAUAUUUUAGAAAUCUCAUGGACAUUAAGUCAUCCUUCCAGCAAUGAGCAUGCCAGUGUUUUUCAUUACUUUGAGAGAGAGAUCAAACAUCUAGAUUUUUUUGAACAACGGCAAGAAUUCCGAGCCAAAGAAAGAAAGGAAUUGGAGCUGGAAAAACAAAGAAAGAAGAUAAAAGUGGCUGGUGGACAGAAAUCAAGAGAACAAAUGGAGGAGCAACUGAAUGUAAAUUAUGCAGAUUUUCUGGAUGAAGAGAAGAAGAUCCUGACAGCACUUGGGCUACUGAAAGUGACAGACAGAUUUGCCUAGAAAAGAAUGUGAUGAAUGUGCAGUUUUUACCCCAGGAGAGGUUAUUUUGCUUCCUUGCUUUCUUGGGAAAGUUGUAUAUAUUCAGUUAGCAGUGCCUUUAGCAUGAUAACUGUACAUAUGAAUCAUUUCACAUCUAUCUUACUAGCUUUGUUAAGGUGUUUGCUCAUAGCAGCAGGUAAGAGUAAACUUUAUGCAUAUUCCUGCACAGUCUUUCAUUAAAAAAUAUAGUUACAAAUGAGUCAUCUCCUGGUUUAAUAGCAUUAUUUUAAGUUGUCCUAUUCUUUUAUUGUACAGUGAACCUCUCCAGCGCUGUGGCUGCUGUAAAAAUAUUCAAUUAAGAAAAUCUACUCAGUAAGUCAAAAUAAGACCACACCAUACUCCCUUGCAAACUGUUCCCAUUUGGAUAGAAUAAAGAUAUUAAUAUUUCUGCUGCUCAGCUCCCAUAAAUUUCUUCAUGCCAACUUACUUCAUCUACAAAGCAUUCAGUUCCCCUGGAAAAGCUGAGGAGAUUAUUUUUGUAGCAUGUCCCGAAGGUCCCAAAUCUGGGCAGGUCAUGAACCAAGGGAAAAAGAGAGCUCUAAAGCCAAUGACAUUCUGCCACUAGCCUUCUUUGGUUUAUACCAGAAGGGACCUGUCAGCACCUCAAGGUGACAAUAACUGUCCUGGUAACAUAUGAAGAGAAAGAGGUAGUCCUCUGAGGUGGCUGGUACUGAAGCCUUUAAAUGUCAUAAAUAACACCACACAUUUCACCUGAGCACGUCAUGAAACCCUAGUCUCCUGUGCUCUUGUUAUGGAAGCCCAGUUCAUAUGCUAGCAGGGUCAUCCUUAGGAUUUAUGGGGCCCUUUGCAGUAUUAUUAGACUAGUGUCCCUAUGCCCAA